CGCGGCUAUUCUUUCACGUCUAAAAAGUCCACAGCUGUGCCAAGGGUCUGCAAACACAGCGGCGAAGCAAACAUCCCUUGGACUGGACGCACUCUGACUUCCGUUCAACUGCUAAGGUGGGGAUUAUCAUAAGUGAUGGUAUUGAAUCUAGGAAUGCUCAACUGCAGUAAAAGUGUAGUGAUUCUACAUACCUCCAUGAAUUAAGAAAAUGCUCCAGUGUAACUUUUGACAGCUCAAAAGUGGAGUCUCAAUUAUUAUGAACGUAUUAAUUUUUUAAAUGUAUUUGAAUGUUUUAUGCGAACACUAGCGACCCACAUGUCUUUUGGACGUGACCGUCUGUACGUUCCACACAGCCAGCCAGCAAAAGUGUUUUUUAUCUCAAAAUAAACCCCGGUCUCACUAACUUCCUCUUGCAUUGUCUCUCCUGUAUAUCCGAAUUUAUAGCCAUUUCUCACGUUGUCUCUGUUUCUCUAUAUCCUUGUCCCCUCUUCUACCGCUCCCUCUAUAUUCCCAACCUCCCUCUCCUGUAUCUAAACCACUUCACUCCCCCAUAUCUCUAUUUCUCUUUCAUCACUUAACCUUGCUCUCCUUAUACCCACCUCUCCCUUUCUGUCUUCAUCUCUCACUCCAUACUGCUGUCUCCCAGGGCUUCAUACUUUUCCUUGCGCUGCUCGUUCCGUUUUGCUCUUUCUCUUUCUUCUCAAACUCUUCCUCACUCAUCUAUCUGCCAUCCUUGCCUCUCUCUUCGGUCUCCCUGCUCUAUAUCCCUCUCCCCGAUGUCUCACUCCCGCACCUCCCUCUAUCUCCAUCCUCUAUUUUUGUCAUCUAUUUCCCUCAUCUUCCUCUGUCCCCUUCCUCUAAUUCCCUCCCUCACGUCCCUUUUAUAUCUCCCUCGCUCACCUCCUUCCUCUUUCUCCUUGCCUGAACGUCCUCUUCUAUCGCUCUCCUUUAUAUCCCUCCCUCACCUUCCUCCAGUAUGUCUCUCCCCUAUAUCCCUACCUGACAUCAGUCGUCUAUUACCCUCUCUAACCUCCCUCCGCUAUCUCCAGCCCUAACCUGCCUUCUAUAUCUCACUCCUGUAUCUCCCUCUUCUAAUUCUCUACCUCACAUCCCUCCUGUAUCGCUCUCCUCUAUCUUCGUCCCUCACCUUCCUCUAUUUCUUCCUUCUAUCUCCAUCACUCACCUCCCUCCUAAAUGUCCCUACCUCAUCUCCCUCUCUCAUUCCUCUUUUUCACUUCUUUAUCUCCCUCAUCCAUCUCCGUUCAUCACCUCCAUCCUUGAUCUAUUUCCGCUAUCUCUCAACUCCCUCGUAUUGCCCUCCUAUAUCUCCCUCAAAAUCCUCCCUCUACCUACCUUAACUCCCUCCCUCACCUCCCUGUUUUGCCUUUGCGCGGAAUCCACUGCCGGGAUGGAGAGCGGGUGGGUGAGGCAUGACGUGAGCACGACGCACGAACCCGUCCCAACGCUACUGUAUGCGUGUGACGUCAUUACGCAGAUGUGCGCGGUGACGUCCCCAACGUGUCUGCUCUCAGGCAGGCAGAGAGAAACACAGCCAGGAAUCCACCCAGAACACUUUUUUUCAAAUGUAGUUUUAAGCAAUACAUGUUGUUAUUUUUGCGACAUUAAUUCCCUAACAUGGGUUCUGAUUGAUUAAUGUAGCGUGACAACCCAUCGGAUAAAGAGCAAGUCAGUAACCUUCAAUCACAGUGAGACUUGGACGUGACAUCAUGGCGCAUUAUGACGAGGUUGACAAGAAGUUUCGUGAUGCAGCAGGCAAAACCAGAGCAUCUGUUGAAAAAGUAUGCACUCUCACAGACCAGAUUUACUACGAUUUAAAAUCUCUUAUGAAGUACAUGCACGUCAGCCAAGGAAGUUUAUGCAUUGAACUGCUACCAGAGGUCCAUGCAUUCUCUUUAAAAUGCCAGGAUGCUAAAAACAGUGCAGAAUUCCUUAAAGGUUCAAUGGAAAUCACAUUCCAGCAUCUUUUCCAAGUAAGAAAAAUCACGCUGAAACAUACAUUCGAAAUGUCUGUAAAUGAAUUUAGAUCAGAAGUAGCGGAUAUUUUGGCAUCACUGGGAGACAUUAUUAACAAGCAUGAUCAGGUCAUAAAGUAUAUUAGUGAACGAAUUUGUGAGGUGGGGAAAUUAGCUUCGGAAAAUAAAAAAAUAACAACCCAUGGAAGACUGGCAAUAAUGAGUGCAGACGCAUCUGGUCAAGCAGGACAUAGAAAGACAGGUAUUCAAGGAACACAAUCAGGAGAAUAUAUUGCAGGAAGCCAAGGGUCAGAUGGGAAGCAGGGAAAAAUAAAUGGGGGGAAAAGGAAUAAAACUGAAAUUUGUGGAGCAGGAGUAAAAGAUGACAAACUAUCAGAAGGAACAUCAAAUCAAAAAGUAACUGCAGUGAAAAGUGAUAGUAGUGUCUUUGCAAGAGUUAAAAGCUUUGGAAACAACUUUUUUCAAAAUAACAAUGAAAACAAACAUAAUUCUACAAAACACCCAGGUUAUGCAAUGCCAGAAAAUAACGAGGUUGUGAUAUCAACACAAGAUAAAGAAUUAAUGUUAAAAUUUGAAGAAUUUGUCAAACACCUACAUAAAAACAAAACAUCUCUUCAGCAAGUUAAGUGGGAUGUCGAUGAUUUGAACACGUUUGUAAAUGGCAUUGACAAGAUGACUAAUGCUGAGGUCACACCUCCCAUUACUAUUACAGAUACGCGUGAAAGUAAUCAUUCAAAGGAUCAGAAUAUAUAAAACCAGCAAAUAUGUGAAUUUGGCGUUGCCAUCUCCUUUUCACAUGUAGGUUCACCUUUUAUGUUUAAUGAUCCAAGGCAAGAUUUAUAACUAUCAAGGAAAAUAUUUGUCUUAUUACCUUGGUACCUGCGACUCUGAAAAUAAUUCUCCAAAUGUAAUCAAUGAACCUUUGUAUGUCGACUUUAAUGUUUUACUAUUCUCAACAUUGCAAUAAAGAUGUUAUCAUGAUCGGCCAUUGUCUAUCCACUACUGGGUGAAGGCCAUCUCAGAGUCGCAAUUCAUACAUUUUCUACGUUUAUGUAAACGAGACGAUUUCAUUGCUCCAUCCCCACGUGGAGGUACUCUCGGGUGUAUUUUCUAUAUUUACCGCAACGCAGUCGUUAGCCUGCAUUGAACACUGGCAAUGAAUCCCACUUUUAUUAACAUUCAAUAUGAUGCAUUUAACGUGCAUGUGUUCUCUGAUCCAUAUAUUCUCCAUGUGUCGCUUUGCACUGUUCAGCUGUGGUGCUAUUUUAAUUAUCAAUGUUCAUGUUUCUAAUUUACAUAUUAAAGCAGGUAAUAUGCAUUUCUAAAAAAAAAUGUAUAAUGAUGGAACAGCUACACUUAGAUUGAAUGACAGUAGAAACAUACACUAUAAAUGGAAGUUACAUAUGUAAUGGGCUCAAAAAUAGGCGCACACAACUUCUUGGGAGGCAACACUAUUUAUUAACUCAACGUACACCUAACAUAGGGUGGUGACCACCGACCUAUUCUAACUAACACACACCAUCACUCACUAACCCGGACUCUCGGAUACAACUAGCGUGACCCAGCCAGGAGGGCUACUGGCUGGUCCACUGACUGGAGGCUUGACUCUUUACGAGGCGUCGUCGCGAUGCAUCUUCCUUCUUGACACGAGCAGCCUCGAACCUGGUGAGGGGGCUGCUUAUAUCAGCAUUGGUGUGUCCGGGCCCCACCCCGGUCACGCCUUCCUUCGAGAACCCUCUCGAAGCUGCUCGGCUGUCCACGUGCCCCCCCCCCCCAAGGUGCCCCCGGUCCCCCCACCUUGAUCUGGUCACGUGUCCAGCCGGGUUCACUCAGAGUGCCACGGCCUUACACAACCCCCGUGGCCCUCACCCACGGCCUCCCGAUCCCUGAACCGACCCUGAUGUCAUUCCCGCCUCCAGACGGGAUGACGUCAUGUGUGUGUGUAGGCCCGCGUGGUAGUGACGCUCCCCCGCAU